AUGCGCGAAGUUAAUUUCAGUAUCCCCAAUGUCAACAAGGCAUCUGUCCAUAUCACCACCACCCUCUAUGACAGAAGAGCUCUCGAUUGCACCUCGACCCUUCCCCUGAUCAACUCACUCAACCACCUUGCUUAUCUUACGACCUCCUCUGCCCGCAUCAGAGAUAUCCUCACUGUUGAUGGCGGCGUCGAAAGGUUGGUAUGUAUUCUGAAGGAGGGUCGGAGUAAAGAUGAGAUGCACAUGUGGAAAUGGAAUCUUGCAUUUCAGUGUAUUGUCAAUAUUGGUGUGCGUGGUUCAGAAAAUGUUCGGACGAGAGUCGUCGAGGCCGAUAUGGUACCAGUCAUUGCUAGCAUUUUGCAUGACUACAUCCUAGUAAUCGAAAGGGAGAAAGAGAAAGCCGACGCUGAGGCGUCUGCCAAAGGCUCGAAGCACUCCUCAAGUUCUCGACACUCGAAGCAGGCCCGCGACCUUCUGUCUGAGCCCUCGUCUCGAUCUUCCUUCUUCGAACAUAUGAGCGACAAUCGGCAGGCCAGACGACAGGCUCCUCCGCCGUCGCUUGACAUCUCGCAUUCCCUUUCACAAACCUUUAACAACACUGAUGGUGAACGACCCAGUACUACAGAUGGCACAGGUGCAGCACUCACUUCCCCGCCAGAGCGAACGCAGUUUUCCCGACCGAAUUUGACUCAUUCCAACCGGAGCCAUGACGGACGAGGCCACCCGCCCAGGCACAACAGCCUACAACCCCCAGCAACUGCUGUACCUUCGACAGAGAGCGGAGAUACAUUUUCGCUGCGCCCUGUUCGUGACGCUGACCGUCUGCCUUCAAUGCUACCGGCCCUGCAAUCCGGCCUCAUGUCGAAUCCCGACUCGCCUACCACACCCCUGCCACCCAGAAAUCCUUUGAACAGCAGACGCCCUCGGAGACCGUCGAUCCGGCAUCAGCCUUCAACGUCGGCUGACGAUAUGGACACUGUUAUGGAAGAUGCGCAAGCUUUACCAGAUGAGCAAGCCGGCCCUGCUGAGGGUCGCGAUCCCAGCACACACAGCCAGGAUGCUAGUCGAGAUGCGAGCCCGCACGGUGAGCCGGUUGACGAAGACUCCACGCCCACGCUCCGCCUAACCAUCCCACCCGAAGCAGAAGUCGACAAUGUCGAUAUCGCGCAGCAAACGCCAACAGUUGCAACAGCCCUAAAUGCUAUCGGUGGAACAGAUCAAGAGACUACAGGCACUUCCCCGUUGCCCAAUGCGGCGACAACCACGGCGUCGCCAGCAGUUCCGUUGAAUGCCUAUUCGAACCUGUUCCUCACCAAUGCAACUUCACGCACAUCGCCAAACGCUUUGAUGCCUAGAGACGAAGAUGUCCUAAUGGGCCUACAGCUUCUGGCAUACAUAUCAAAAUACUGUUAUCUCCGUCACUAUUUCCAGCAAACGCACCUAGUACCUAGACUCCGCGUUGAUCGCGAGGUCGAGAAGUUGUAUGGAUUGCAACGUGGUGCCACACCUAUCCCAGAGCCAACCGAGGAUGAGAUGGAGGAAUUUUUGCAGCCAGAUGAUUACAAUAUCUUUCCUCUGGUAGAGAAAUUCACCGUCAGGUGCCACUCUAAGGAUAUGCAAUACUGGGCCUGCGUUGUCAUGCGCAAUCUAUGCCGCAAGGACGACGCCCGCGGUGGCAUCCGCCAGUGUGCUAACUAUCAAUGUGGCAAAUGGGAGGAAUAUCCUCGCCAAUUUGCGAAAUGUCGCCGGUGUCGACGCACCAAAUACUGCAGCAAGGUACGUUAUCUUGCCAUCUUUGAUUGGGUGAGAGACUAA